AUGAUACUGGAUACUGAUUUAGAAAAGCAGGCGUUGCUCUCCUGCGAUGCAAGUGAUCUGCAACGUCGACAUUCUACCUCGUUUCUUGAGAAAUUCAAGAUACCUCGAGCUCGAGAGUGGCUCUCCCAGCAUUGCGUACGAAAGAAAUGUGAUUCGUGUCAGCAAGAAAAAGAGCAUCACAAAGAAACACAGGAAAUUACACAACUAGAGUGUGAGAAGCUGAAGCAGUACCUGUGCCAGAGGGAGUCUCAGCUACGAAAGGGGUAUGAGCUACAGAUAGAGAACCUGCAGUACAAGUGGCAUCAACAGCAGGCUGAGUUUGAACGGCUGAGAGAAUAUGUCAACCAUGAAUGCCAACAACAGAAAGAGUGUCCACUGCAGAACUAUAACAGUCUCUACAAUCGAGUAGCAGACCUGAAGAAUCAGAUAAAUGAGCAUUCGGAAGCCACGGAGGGUUUAGUUGCCUUCGCUCUCAGCCGAGCUUCACUUGGCCCUUCUGAUACCCAAGAAUUCGCAGUGAAGAAUGUCGCUGCUAAACGCUUUGAGCAGAUGUGCUAUUUCGAAGAGCAUGAUAACGAACAAAAAAAGGGAUACUGCUGUCGAGGGUGCCUAGACAGACACCCUUCAAGUGCAAGCUUUUCACAGCAGGAGUUUACGAAGGCCCCGUCGAAACGGUACUGUCUGGAGACUCAGCCAGCCAUUCAGCUUGGUACACUCCCUGGAAUGAGUUUCAGGGACGUCAAGAACCUAGUACUCGCGGCUGGGAAUGGAGAGGACAUGACGACAUUUCCUGAAAUAGUACUCGAGCAUCGUCUUCGCAUAUUUCCUACAAGCGAACACAAGAAUAUCACCGUCUAUGGCUUCGCCCAUAUACUCUUCAACAUCGACUACCCCAUGUGCCCGCACACGCAAAUUUUUGGAGUCCUUACAAACACAUUAUUCAAAAACUCUAGUGAACUUGCUGACGGAUGGGCUGAUGAAUCCUACCAGUGCAGGGUUUGCAAGACACAUGUAUCAUUCGAAAUACUACCAGCCGACACCCGCCGUAACAACAACCGGGAAUGGUGUGCACUCAAAGUGAGAAGGACUAUAGGAAGACUCUAUUCGCCUUUAGAAGAAGACUGGCUUGCGCAGGCUUAUGCCUAUGAACAUCCCCAUGUUGAUGACCACAAUAAACUAAGUGAUGACUGGUUCCGGGAAUAUUGGCGGACUUUGUCUAAAGGUAGCCCUAGUUCAGGAAGACCUGGGUUUGACUUGAAAAAGUGCCGGGACAUCUCCUACUCAUCCUUACACCGUUAUCAAUCGGAUUCUAUUUUCCCAUUGAUAACUGACGCCGCUUCCCAUGAAGAAUACCGCGUGCAUAGCUGGGUUCGUUCACAGUCUACCAACCCCAAGGCAAGAGUAAUAAAGAUAAGGACUUGCGAUGAAAUUGUGGCUGUGGAAGAAGAGAAGUAG